GCCCUUUGCUUUGCUCACCCACAAAUGCACCUUAUACUACAUUAAAAACAGGAGUGACCUUAGCAAGACACACAGAUACACUUCCCAAGAGAAAGAAGGAAGCUUUCAAGUAACAAAACUAGAGCUUUCGAGGGCUCCUCCUACUGUAGAGAUUAUCUAAGAACCCAAAAACAAUGUCCAAGGAAGUGAGUGAAGAAGGGCAAACUCACCAUACAAAGGACUAUGUGGAUCCACCACCAGCUCCUCUCCUUGACCCUAGUGAGAUCAAGCUCUGGUCUUUCUACAGAGCUCUUAUCGCUGAGUUUGUCGCUACUCUCCUCUUCCUUUACAUCACCGUCGCCACUGUUAUUGGCCACAAGAAACAACAUGACGCCUGUGAUGGUGUUGGCCUUUUGGGUAUUGCAUGGGCCUUUGGUGGCAUGAUCUUCGUCCUUGUUUACUGCACUGCCGGUAUUUCUGGUGGUCACAUUAACCCUGCAGUUACAUUUGGGCUGUUCUUGGCGAGGAAGGUGUCUCUAAUCAGGGCUUUGGCCUACAUAAUCGCUCAGUGCUUGGGAGCCAUUUGCGGGGUUGGGUUGGUGAAGGCUUUUAUGAAGCACGAAUACAACUCUCUGGGCGGUGGUGCAAACACUGUGGCUCCCGGCUACAGCAAGGGCACCGCUUUAGGCGCUGAGAUUAUUGGCACCUUUGUGCUCGUCUACACCGUCUUCUCCGCCACUGAUCCCAAAAGAAGCGCCCGUGACUCUCACGUUCCUGUUUUGGCUCCUCUUCCAAUUGGGUUCGCUGUGUUCAUGGUUCACUUGGCCACAAUCCCCAUCACUGGAACUGGCAUCAACCCGGCUAGGAGCUUCGGUGCUGCUGUUAUUUAUAACAACGAGAAAGCCUGGGAUGACCAAUGGAUUUUCUGGGUUGGACCUUUUGUUGGAGCACUGGCUGCGGCGGCAUACCACCAGUACAUUCUGAGAGCAGCUGCUAUCAAGGCUUUGGGAUCAUUCCGCAGCAACCCUACCAACUGAGACAACAAAUUCAAAACCCCACCAAAAAAGCUUUCUUUUUCUUGUCUAUUUGUUGGUUACUUUGUGUGAAUGACUGAGAGAGGAUUAUUGAUUAUGUGUCUUUAUUUGUGUUCUUUUAUUUAUAAUUUAAUCUUUGAUUGUAGUUUGUCUCUGUGAAUCAUUGUUGAUGAGUAGUGGUGGACUGGUGUUGUUUCUUCUUUCUAAUCAUGUUCUUCUUUUGUUAGGUUAA